ACCAUUGGGGGCAAGAUGCGGAUUGAUAAAUGUCUCCAGAGAUGGAAUUCCGUGCGUGGGUAUGCGGCGCCAAGAAAGAAAAAGGUGGAGGGGUUAGGAAGGGCUGGGACGAAUUUGAAAAUGGGAAUUGUGGGUAUGCCCAACGUGGGGAAAUCCUCAUUCUUUAAUGCGUUAACAAAUAGUUCUGUUGCUGCCGAGAAUUAUCCAUUUUGCACCAUUGACCCAACAACAGCUCGCACAGCUCUACCAGACCCACGAUACGACCACCUCCUCCAUCUCCACAACCCAAAAACAAGUGUACCAUCCUACCUCACGACAACAGAUAUAGCCGGCCUCGUACGAGGUGCACACCAAGGACACGGACUCGGAAACAAUUUUCUAGCACACAUUCAAGCUGUGGAUGGAUUGUUUCAUUUGGUGAGGGGGUUUGGAGGGGAUGUACUUCAUGUUGAGGGGAAUGUGGAUCCUGUGAGGGAUGUUGGGAUUAUUAGGGAAGAGUUGUUGAAGCGGGAUAUAGGAGUUUUGGAAAGGGAGAGUGCGAGGAAACGGGGGGAUAUAGGGGUUUUGGGUCGGGUUUUGGAGUGGGUGAAAGGGGGCCAAGAGGUUCGGACGGGGAAUUGGGAUGAGGAGGAAGUGGAGGUGAUUAACACGUUGGGACUUUUGACGGCUAAACCCGUUGUCUACUUGUGCAACACCAGUCCCGAAUCCUACAUUCGCAAACAAAACCCAUACCUCCCCCACCUAAAAGCCACGCUCCCAAACGACACACUCAUUCCCUACUCUGGAACACUCGAAACGACACUCGCGAGUCUCCAGCCGGUAGAACGCGCCGCGUAUUUGCACGAUAUGGCAAUCAAGUACGAUGCACCUGGUCCAGUCGUCUCGGCGUUACCGGGAAUAAUAUGGGCAGGGUAUAAAGCUCUUGGACUCAUCAACUUUUUUACAGCAUCGGAAAAGGAAGUUCGAUCCUGGACAAUUCGACAGGGAACAAAAGCUCCACAAGCCGCUGCAGUCAUUCACACCGAUUUUGAAAAAUCCUUUGCGGGUGUGGAUGUUACGUCUUUUGACCGGGUUUUGCAAGAAGGUGUCACGGCCAAGGCAGUUCAAAGAGGAAGGGACUAUGAGGUUGAGGAUGGAGAUGUUGUUUACUUUAGAAUUGCGGCAAGGAAAAAGUAGAUUGUGAACUGAGUAUAGGACGAAAUACAAACAUUUAAACAAGAUUAUUUUUUGUUGAGAAUAAACCGGGCACGGCAAGCAACAUUGCGCAUUACAGAUCACACUAUACCA